AUGAACACCCAAAGGAAGAACCUCGCGGCGAUUCUGCCUGCCCCUCAAGCUGAAUUUGUUGUUGAAGAGCGACCGAUACCAACACCUGGUCCUGAUGAGGUCCUGGUGCGCAACCACUUCAUCGGACUCAACCCCCUCGACUGGAAACGCCAGCUCACUGGAAUGUUUGUUCCGUCCUAUCCCGCCAUUUUAGGCACAGACUUGAGCGGCAUUGUGGAAGCCGUAGGUUCGAACGUUAGCAACGUCAAACCCGGUGACCGUGUCCUUGGAGGUGCAGAUGGCAUGAUUUCUCACAAACUAGAUAAUGCGUCUUACCAGACCUACACAACGCUCCGCGCAUCGUCAACUUCGAAGUUGCCUAUGAAUGUCACUUCAUACCUGUUGCUCUUUCAUCUGCUUGGCUUGCCGAAACCUGAAUCGAAUGCUCAGCCGCCGAACGCUACAUUGCUUAUCUGGGGAGGCGCUUCGAUCGUGGGAAAUCUCACCAUCCAGCUCGCUAAGCUGGCCGGCUUGAACGUGUAUGCCACAGCCAGCGAGAAACAUCAUGAAUAUUUGCGAUCGCUUGGAGCCAAUCUGCUCUUUGACUACCAUUCCGACACUGUUAUUGAGGAUGCCGUGGCUGCAGCUGAGAGUGAGGGAAAACCUAUCGCUUAUGUUGCAGACACCAUCGCCUCGUCGGCGACACUCAGUUCCGUGCAGGAUGUACUAUCCAACUCGACAGCUAUCGCGAAAGUCAUUGCGCACACAGCGCCCUGGCCCGAAGAACUCACAAAGCUUGACGGAAUCAAGACUGAUAUGGUUCAUGGUGAGGAAGUCUGGUAUAAGCCUGACAUGAUCCAGCUAGGGUCCACAAUCUUUCACGAACACUUACCGAAGUGGCUUGAGACGGGUGCCAUUGUGCCACCGCCAUACCGUGUGAUCGAAGGUGGCGUGGGAAAGAUCCAAGCUGGAUUGAAGGUGCUCAAGGCGGGAGUAAGCAACCAGAAAGUGGUGGUGGCAGUGUAG